AUGUCCCAUUACACCGACACGUAUGGCAACGACGAGCCACGCACACCAUCAGAAAGCUUUGUCGUCUUUGGUACAGCAUUUCCAGAACAAACAGAACGAGAUCGACGUGCGGGUGUGAGCGACGCUGGACAAUUUGUACCAGAAUGGAAGCAAGAAGUCAGAGAUGAAAAGGGACGACGUCGUUUCCAUGGAGCGUUUACAGGUGGUUUCUCGGCAGGCUAUUUCAAUACUGUGGGUUCAAAAGAAGGUUGGACACCAAGCUCGUUUGUAUCAUCACGAUCGUCUCGUGUUGAAAAGCGUGAAGCAAGACCAGAGGAUUUUAUGGACGAAGAGGAUUUAGAGGAAUUGGCGAGUGCAAGAAAGCUUGUUGCUACGGAUGAAUUUGAUAUUUUGGGAGGAACACAACGCGAAUUGCAAGCAAAACGGAGACAACAACAAGAAGAUGAAGCACGUGGAGGUGUUGGAUUCUUGGGAUCAACGUUGAUGGACAUGGUGGCACCUACCAAGGAAUCAGUGGGUAUUCGACUCUUACAAAAGCUUGGAUGGAAGCCUGGUCAAGGCAUCGGCCCACGAAUGACAAGGCGACAACGACGAAUGACUUUUCACCAAAACGAGGAGGAUGAAGAAGAGGAUGAAGAUAUCGAUCAAGACGUUACAUUUGCACCACGUGACACGCCCAUUGAAAACUAUACAGCCAAAACCAACACAUUCGGUCUCGGCUAUGAGUUGGAAAAGUACGUUCCUCAGGUGGCAGAAAUGCGUCGAUUGCGUGAAUUACAAGGGGCAGAUGCAGAGUAUGAUAUGGAUGAUGAUACACAAAGACGGGCUGCAUUUGGUGUUGCUCAAGAUCGUCGUCGUCGUCAACAAGCUGGUUUUGGACUUGGUGCACUUGAGCAUGAAGAUGAUGAUGAUGCUGAUGUAUACGGCAAUACGGAGAUGAAAGAUUACCAUUAUACACUCUACGAGGAUGACACAGAGGGCGAUUUCCUUCGCAGGGAGCAGCAGCGCACUUUUACAAAGGAAACGACACGACGACACGCCCCUGAAUCAAUCACCAAAACACGAUGUAGCGAUGGAAGAUUACCGAUAAAAGGAUUUUCAGUAUCCAAUGAACCACAAGAGCUAGGCAAAUGGUAUCGACCUCCUGAAGUACCAGCUGAUUUCAAUGAACGACAUGCAGCAAUGCAAGAUACGACCAAUACGGCUUCUACAGAACCUCGAUACAACAUGACUUCAGAUGAGCGAGGUGCUAUAUUGGGAGAGAAGCCUACCGAGCCACGUUCUGUUUUCGAUUAUAUACCCUCCGGAUCGAAGGAUCAGCUUGACAGCGUCUUGAAAUUUAUGACCCAUAAGCGACCUGUGGAUCCAACAAAGCUGACCGAUUUUCCCAAAAUUACCAAGCAACAAGCCAACAUGGCGUUACGUGGCUUCAUGCCCUUUGGCGACAACCUCAAAAAGCAAGCCCGUUACAAGAGUUAUCUUGAGGAUCAAGCGGGUGUCUAUGGUGAACCAAAAGAUGUGUUACCAGUCCCAGAAGGAUUAUCGCAUGAGGAGGCUUCAAAGGAAUUGGAUGAAUUUGCCAAAGCGGCACGCAUUUUCAGACCGAUCAGCGCCAUGAUGAGUGGACGAUUCACUUCAGCAAGUGAAAAUACAACCACCGUUGAACAAGUGUCAUUCCAAGGUGGAUUGAAAACAGAGGACCAGUGGCGCAAAGAAAAAGAGAUCAAAGAAAAGCAAGAAGCCGAAAACCAACAACCAGAAAAGGAGAAAUCAACCGAGGCUCAGGCAGCAUCCAUGAAGAUGUUUGGACAGCUUACACGUACAGUGAAGCCAUUUUAUCCUGCAAGAUUACUCUGUAAGCGUUUCAAUGUGCGCAAUCCACACCCUGAUCAUGAUCCAUCACGUGGCAAUGUUGGGCAUACAAUGGCUGGUUCAAAGGAGGCAUUGAGUGAGGAAAAGGUGGAAGAUAUGAUGCGUCAGCGUGGCAGACCCAAGGCUAUCGAACAAUGGGCCAAUGAUCCAGCUUUAAGUGCGGUGAUACCAAAACCAUCAGAACGAGCGCCAUCUCAACCUGACAACAAGGAGCCAAAAGAGACAUCAGAACCACCAACAGCUGAAGAAUCAUCAACUCAAUCCAAGCAAGAUGAAAAUACAGCAAAGGCAGCAGAAGAGGAUCAAGAAAAAGAGACGUAUGAACGCCCAUCUAUGGAUAUCUUUAAGGCUAUCUUUGAGAAUUCAGAGGAUGAAGAUGAGGAAAUGGAGGAACGUGAUGAUGACGACAAGGUACAAGAACCUGCCAAUGCUGAAAGUCAAGGCAUGACAGAGCGACAACCUUCAUUGUCAACUACCAGCAACAACAAACACCGUGAUGAGGAUGUUGAUAUGGAUGAUCAGGAUGAUGUCAUGGUGGGUCCCUUACCUCCACCAGCAAAAGAAGAGCCAUCUGUACCUAAAUUCACCCGUGCAUCAGAACGACAAAGCGAAUCAACAUCACGUAGCUUGGAUACCAAGAUGAAUGUUGUAUCGGAGAGCAUUGUUGUUCAACCCUUCAAAGCCCGUGAGCGAGUACGUCGUCGACGCCAUGUAUCCGUAUCCGAAGAAGAAAGUGAAGAAGAACAAGAAGAAGAGCGAAGGAGUCGGCAUAAGAAGAAGCAUAAAAAGGAAGAACGAAGGCACAAGAAGGAAAAGAAAAAGAAAGAGAAAUCCAAAAAGAAGCAUUCAAAGCAUCGAUCGUCGGAUGAAGACAUGUUGGAUGGCGCUGUUUGGGUAGAAAAAGAAGUUCCUCGACCCUCGUCUAGUGGCACUAGUAGUUAUUCUCAAAAGCGAAGAGCGCGUGCAACUGAUCUUUGGUAA